AUGCUCGAUCGAAAUGUCGUUAUCGUAACGUUACGUGUCACAAAUGCAACAAAGAAGGUCACACUGCUAAAUUCUGCAACACGUAAACGUACUACAGGUGAACAACCAAUACAAGUUGUUACUUACAUUGAUGGUUUAGACGUUAAAUUCGAAUUAGAUACAGAUUCUCCUAUAGCCGUUAUUAAUGAAAAUAUUUGGAACAAGAUGGGAAAACCAUAUCUACAAUCUGUGAAAUCAGUUCACAAUAUUUUUUCUGGCCAUUCGAUUCGUUUGAAAGGAGAGAAAAUGGUAAUGGUGAAUUACCGUGGUCUACGUGUUCGAUUACAAAUUCUAGUUGGUGAUAAAAAUCGUAAUAAUAUUCUUGGUCGUAAUUGGAUUAAUACCUUACACUUAAAUGAAACAUCAUCAGGUGAACUUAUUAAUGAUAGUAAAGUUCUUCAUGUUAAUUCGACAAUUUCCAAUUUAAACGAACUUGUGCAUAGUUAUAAUGAUAUUUUCAGAGAAGGAUUAGGUUGUUGCAAGAUGAAAAUACAUCUUCAUAAUAAAUACUCGUCAACAUCUCAUGUUUCUUCAUCUGAUCAACUAUCACAAACAUGUGGACGUUCAUCGAUACUUAAGGAACCAGUACGUGAACUAAUUGAAGAAAACUUAAAGUGA